GUUCGGCCAGAUGCUCCUCUUCCCCUACUCGUACUCGUGCGACGUCCGUACCGCCGACGAAGAGAACCACUACGAGGCAGUCCUGCAGGCGGCCAAGGCGCUCAAGGGCGUCCACGGCCGCCAGUUCGAGACGGGCAGCGUGUGCGAGAUCAGCUUGACGAGCCCGGGCAUGAGCCUCGACUGGACGUACGCGAGCGCCAAGAUUCGCUGGUCCUUUGGCGCCGAGCUUCGCGACGGCGGCGUCUUUGGUUUCCUCCUUCCGCCGAGCCAAAUCCGACCCUCGGGCGAGGAGAUGAGCGCCGCGCUGCGCUCGCUCACGCAGUUCAUCCUCGAUAAAGAGGACGGCAAGCGUUGAGUUCUCGAGGGCGAGGGGCCGCUGUACUGCCUGUGUUCGAGCUGUAACGAUGUCCACAUGUGUAGCUUGCC